AUGACCGAGAACAAUGCCUCGUCUCCCGACACCCGAGCUACGCAUUUCGCAAACCGUGCUCGUAGCUUGCUACAAACCUUUGAAAAUCUUCCUCCAAACCUGGGAGCUCUUCGAUGCCAUACCCUGAUCACCAUAUAUCUUCUGCACAUGGACUUUCUGGAUCUUGCCCUACAAUCUAUUGCUGUCACUGUUCGACUAGCAAUGGCCCUUCAACUUCAUCGGCGAUCGUCCUCGCCCAGAGAAGAAAGCGACUCUUACGACCAAAAUCUGUGGUGGACAAUCUACACCCUGGAUCGUCACCUUGCGUGUCUUGGUGGGAUACCUUAUCUCAUCAGAGACGAGGAAAUUGACGAACCGAGACCAGCACAGGAUGGACAAUUCAAAAGGUUCUCUAGCGUGACAUACCUCAAUUGCCAAAACGAACUCGUUGAGCAAGAUGGACCGGUGGAGGGAAGCCUUCAUCAGGAAGCCAUGUACUUGGAAGUUUUAGCGCAUUUGGGGCGCGUUUGGGCUUGUAUCUGGAACGACUUAGUCAUUGAUAGCUCGAAACCCGACUGUCGAUGGCAAGCAGCAGAAAUAUUGGACGCCCAGCUUCGCAUUCUUCAACAACAGCUCCCAGCUGAACUCGCCUGGAGAAGUCCGUCAAGCCUCGGGAGAGAUUUACAAAAUAUUCAGGAAACUGCAAUGCAGAGACAGCUUAUUAUUCUGAUGCGUAUCAAUACCCUCCGACUAUUCAUUCGACGAAAUCCCGCUUCGAACUGCACCUGUCUAGACAGGAAAUCCCCGUAUGAUGAUGGUGCAGCCAUUUCAGCGCAAACUAUCGGAGCCAUAGUGAAUUUCAGCUCACGCCAUGAAGGCCUAUUGCCAAUCGGCCACUCUAUCAGCACGACUCUCGUCCAGUGCAUCCUAUACCUAAUAAACACCAUCAGCGAGUCCUCCAAUACGAUCAGAACAGAAUCAGCCUCCUCUUCUGUAGUGUCGGCUUACCAGGUGUUGGUCGAUUUGUCAGAGCAUUGUGUAUCUGCAAGAAAUGCAGUUGAGACACUUGAUGAGGCAUUCUUCCGCUACGGAGACAGCCCGGUGCGGCCUAAAACUACAACCCUACCACAGCCACAGCCACAGCGUGCAAGUAGUAGCCAUCUCAAUGGGCUGGAAGGCACCCGAGAAUACGGACGGCGUCGGAAAGGAAAGAAAAGUGAUACUCCGACUCCCAGCGAGGACGGUCCCCGCGGAAACGAGCUUUUCGAUCGUCUACAAAAGAGUUACGAGAGCCUGGACAGCUUGCUACCGAGUUAA